UGCACCAUGAGGAAGCUUCCUUCUCUUCUGGCCAGGACAUUAACUUCAGGGACCAGUGGCUCCCCAGUGCUUCCUGACAUGUCGGAAGGGCACUUACCCAUUCAUGUGAAUAAUGUGCGGAGCAGAUUGAGGGAUAUAGUGGGAGCAUCUACCAACUGGAGGGAUCAUGUGCAAGCCAUGCAAGAAAGAAAAGCUCUUCAUACUUUACUGGCAAAAAGGCAGGAAGAUCUCCCUCCUAGGAGAAUGAAAGAUAGCUACUUGGAAGUUAUUCUGCCUCUAGGAAGUCAACCUGAAAUAAGAGAAAAGUAUCUGAAUGUACACAACAGCGUAAGGUUUGGAAGGAUACUUGAAGAUCUUGACAGUUUAGGAGUUCUUAUUUGCUACACUCACACCAAGCAGGAAGGGCAGCCAAGGUCUCCCCUGUCGAUAGUUACAGCCCUGGUGGAUAAAAUCAAUUUGUGCAAGAAGAUUAUAUAUCCAGACUGUGACAUCAAAUUCACAGGAAAUGUUUCUUGGGUUGGAAGGACCUCGAUGGAAGUGAAGAUGCACAUGCUGCAGCUACACGAUGGCGAUUACAGCCCUGUGUUGGAUGCAACCUUUGUCAUGGUGGCCCGGGAUCCCGAAAAUAAACGGCCAGCAUUUGUUAAUCCACUCGUUCCGGAGACCCCUGAGGAAGAAGAAAUCUUCAAGCAAGGGGAAUUGAACAAGGUGAAGAGGAUUGAUUUCAGCACUGCCUCCUUACUGAAAAUGGCUCCCACGGCAGAAGAAAGAAACAUUGUUCAUGACAUAUUCCUUAAUACAUUGGACACAAGGACAGUAAGUUUCCGGAGUCGUAAAUUACCACCCAAUUCAGUGUGGAUGGAAGAUGCAAAGCUAAAAGGCCUACAGAUUUGCCAUCCUCAGGAACGGAACAUCUUCAAUAGGAUCUUUGGGGGUUUUCUCAUGAGAAAGGCGUUUGAACUGGGGUGGGCAACUGCUUGCAGCUAUGGGGGUUCCAGACCUUUUAUCGUAUCUGUUGACGACAUCAUGUUUCAGAGGCCAGUUGAGGUGGGAUCCUUAUUACUGCUUUCUGCACAGGUCUGUUACACAGAAAAAAACUACAUCCAGGUUCGAGUACACAGUGAGGUUUAUGAUGCAGAUACCAGGGAGCACCAGACAACCAAUAUCUUCCAUUUCACCUUUGUGUCAGAAAAUGAGGUCCCACAGGUUGUCCCCAAAACUUAUGGAGAGUCCAUGUUGUAUUUAGAUGGGAAGCGACACUUCGCUGCAACCAUGAAAGAAAUCUGA